UCGUCGCGCGACCAGUCGGAGUCGGGCCGCGAAGUUGCAGCUCCUGCGCAAUGCGCGUGGCGCGCUGCGCCGCAUGAUCUUGCGUAUCAGUGUUCGCCAGUGCCAUCCGGAAGGCACACAUCGGGGUUACGCGGGGAAACAGCACAGCGCGAUAAUCGUAAUCCGUGCGAGAAUCCGCGAGCAGUGGUGCGUCGUCUAUCGAGGGAAGAAAAACAAGGAAACGGAUCGCGAGGGCGGCGAACGGUGUUACGGCGACGAUAGGGUGGCUGGUGGUCGGCGGUCGCUCAGCGGCAGCGAUAGUGGUGGUUGGUGGUGGCGGCGGUGGUGGUGGUGGGUGCUCCGGGUUCCGCGAGUGUCCACGAAAAACUAGUGCCGCGAGCCAUCAUGGCGAACCCACGGAAAUUCAGUGAAAAGAUCGCCCAGAAGGAGGCGCAGGACUCGGCCGCAUUCGAGGCGAUCAUGAAGGAGGUCUCGAACGUCACGAGCAGAGUGGCCUCGGCGAGCAGCUCGGUGGGUGCUAGUCCCACGGGAUCCGGCGUACCGGAGACCCCGCUAUCCGUCAAGAGUGCCGGCGCCAGUCCACCGCAGUCCAGCGGCAAGCAUCUGCACAUUAACCUGGGAAAUCAGUUCAGGGCGGGUGGCUCGCUGCCGAACGUUAACAACAAUGUCAAUUGUGGCAACGACGCGAAAGAGCACUCCUCGCCGCAUCCCGGCGCGAUCCACUCGAUCGACCUUAAGACGGCGCUCAGCAAUCUGGAGGAGAUGCAGCAUAACGCCAUCAUGUACCGUAGCGACAACAGGAGCCGAAGCAUGGGGGUGGGACCUAUGCGAUCUCGCCCGAUGGAAAAAAGGCACGACACGUCACCGUACAGCGGCGUGCCUUACCUGUCGCCACCGCCACCGGAUACCUGGCGGAGAACAAACUCGGACUCCGCUUUGCAUCAGAGCGCCAACGAGGCUUGCCAAUCAACCUCCGCAAUACCUCAUCGACGAGGUAGCGACGCAUAUCAACACGCUAUGACUGGAAGCGGAAACGACAACAGAGAUUCUCAUCAUGGUUUCAUCGAACGACCAAGAUCCUCGUGCGAAAUGCCUAGAGUGCCUGGGAUUAAUAUAUACCCGAGCUCGCAACCACCGGGACAGCAAAUACCUAUAGGCAACAACACAGGGUCGUUGCCCGACUUGAGCAACGUACACUUUCCGUCGCCACUCCACACUCCUCUGGACCAGGAGGAUCAUUCGAGUAGUACGCCGUUCAGCAAUACCCAUUUAUCAGUGCCUGUUAACUCUAGGUUUCUUCACACGUGUAAGGGUGUGGCACUGGAAAACAGCACAAGUACUUCGCAACAGGAUCUUCAGAGCUAUCCGCAGCAACCGGCGCCGACGGCGACGUCUCACAGCCCGAAUGCUGGCCAUUACAUUUAUCAACAACCGCACAGUCCUGUACCGCAAAGUCCAAAAACGUCACAGCACCAGCAACAGCAACAUCAGCAAUCGCAGCUCAAUUCGUUAGGAUCGUAUAGAUCCACACAGUCGGUGAACAGGCCGUCGCCACAGUCGUCACCUAGUCUAACCGUUCAAGGAAGUCCCUUAAGUUAUAGCAAUAAUCCAUCGGCGCCGCCUAGUCCUACAGGACAUCCGGGUCCACCCAGCUUGACGUCCGAUCCUAUCGAUCAGAAUACUUAUUUCAUCAAUCAGGCGCAAGCGGCGGCUCUCCAACAGGAUUUCGAACAGUUCACAAUGGGACUGGAGUGGCCCAAAUUUGCGCAGCAGCUGAUGGAACUCGGUUGCACCUGGACCACGCAGAUAGAGAUGGACACGCCGGUGCAGACGAACACGAUUGGGACGUUUAUUGGGUCACCAAAUCAUACUACGAGUUACACGCAGAACGACGUGAUUAAUGUCGGCGAAUUAGGCAGUGGAGACACGGGAUACUUCAGCACGAGUCCACAAAUGGCGUAUCAACCUACGACGACGACGACCACUGCUACUCAGCAGCUAACACCACAAACUCCAAAUACACCCACAAUCAUUCUCACAGACUUUUCUGGUGCGGAUGAUCUUACGAAUCCGGAAUUUGUGAAAGACCUCGGAACGGCAAUGAUGGGUGAUUUUGACCCAGAAAUGUUUCCAUCGGACGAUGCCCUCAGACAGGGCCUUGAUCCGAUCGAUGUGGAUGGUCUACAAAUGCUGGCUGACCCUACGAUGGUUAUAUCGGACUCCAGCGCCGAAGCCCACUUUAGAUUAGAUCGACUUUAAGAGAAGAAAUUUUACUCAUUUACCAACACUCGUGUCGACUAUUGCGUAGGAAUAAAAUAAAUUCUGUCCUGGUGUCGUGAUUAAUUCUUAAGACACUUUGACAUAUUGGGGUACCACUUCUUGGGCACUGGCAGAUUUGCAGGGAAA